UUGAUCAUUCAAUCCAAACUUUUUCUCCUCCACAAUAACAUUAUCCUAUACUAUCUUCCCUACCACAUCAAUAACUCAAUCUGAUUCAACCCUUUAUGGCUCCAAAAAUUGAUCAAGUGACCUCUGCUAAGGCAGCAAAACGCUGCUUACCAGCAUGUUCAGCCUUUCUACUAGCUUCUUUAAUCGCUUUUGCAGUCCAAAUCUUCUUCUUCUCGCCAAUAUCUCCUGACUUGCUUCAUCUUCCCCCAGUAUCUUCAGCGUCUCAUCUGCCUACAAAUAACUAUUUACAGAGUGUGAUUAAACUUGGAGAGGGAGUAGUUAGAGGUCCAGAAGAUGUUUGGGUGGACGCAAAGGGUGUGUUAUAUACAGCAACUAGAGAUGGUUGGAUAAAAAGAUUGCAUAAAAAUGGAACAUGGCAGGACUGGAAAAAGAUAGACAGUGAUGUUUUACUUGGAAUCACAACAACAAAGGAAAAUGAGCUUAUUGUUUGCGAUGCUGAAAUGGGUUUGCUUAAGGUUAAUGAUGAUGGGGUUACUGUUCUAGCAUCACACUUCAACGGAUCCCAAAUAAGGUUUGCGGAUGAAGUGAUUGCAGCAUCAGAUGGCAGUUUAUAUUUCAGUGUAGCAAGCACCAAAUUUGGACUCCAUGAUUGGCAUCUAGACGUGCUUGAGGCGAAACCUCAUGGGCAACUGCUCAAGUAUGACCCCGUAUCGAAUGAGACAUCAAUGUUGCUAGAUGGUUUGGGGUUUACUAACGGGGUUGCCCUCUCAAAAGAUGAAGACUAUUUGGUGUUCUGUGAAACAUGGAAAUUCAGGUGCCGGAAGUAUUGGCUUAAGGGCGAGACGAAAGGGGAGACUGAUGCUUUCAUUGAAAACCUUCCUGGUGGACCUGAUAACAUCAAUCUUGCCCCAGAUGGCUCUUUCUGGAUAGCUUUGCUUCAGUUGCAUUCUGAGAGGCUGGAAUUUGUGCACACCUCUAAGGCAACCAAACAUUUUCUAGCAGCAUUUCCAAAACUGUUCAGACUGAUCAACGCCGUCUACAAGAAAGCAUCGGUAGUGAAUGUGGCUACCAAUGGCAAGAUUAUCAGGAAGUUUGACGAUCCUGAUGGAAAGGUGUUGAGCUUUGUGACCAAUGCUCUGGAGUUUGAUAAUCAUCUCUACUUGGGUAGCCUCAACUCCAACUUCAUUGGAAAAUUACCCCUAAAAACAGAGUAAUUGUUUUUAAGUUUUAGUGUGAAAGGAAAAUAAUGCUGUACCACAGACAUAAGCUGAUGAAUUAAACAAUCUUGUAUAUGAUUGUAACUGAUCUCAGUGGCUUCAGAAAAUGACAUGAACAAUCGAGUGAUCAUUAAAUUAGAAAUAUAUAUGGGGUAUCUCAAUCUGAACUCUAAAUCAAUUUUCUA